GAGUGGCUCGUGCUUCUCUCUCUCUCUCUCUCUCUCUUCUUAGAAACCCCACAAAGUCUCUUGUGCUGAAGCUGCCGUUCGCUCUCUCUGAAUGUGCGACCAGAGAAAGAGAGAGAGAGAGAGAGAGAGAGAUGGAUGGAGACCCCCUCGUCUAUGCCCAUCUGAUCCUCCUUCUCUCUUCUAGGUUUUCUCAAACCCUAAUCUCGCUCAUUCUCAUCUAGGUUUUUCGGCCUUUCUCCAAAACCCCUUCAUCCUGUUUCUCCUUCUCUUCGGCACGAUCUCAAGGCUUCCUUCCCGAUGAUGUCGGGAUUUUGUUAGGGUUUUGGUUUAGGGUUUGGGUUUUGGGCACUAUGAUGCUGAAGGAGAAGGCCCAUGACUUUGUGGAGUGGAGGGAGGAGUUCGUCUCUCGGGAACGUGGCAGCCGCGUUGUCCAGUACUAUCUUGAGGAUUCCUCCGGAGGGUCUCAUCUCGCUGUCGUUGGCACCGAGAGGAGCCUCCGCCACAUGUUCUAUGCGAUCGCGGAGGAGUUUUGUCAUGAGUAUGGUGCCGACUCUUGUCUUAGGUGGAGAUCCAAGAGGGAGGUCGUUGAUUGGCUUUCCUCGUUCAUCUCUCCUCGCCAAGGAUCACAGAAAAAUGAUUCAUUACCUAAAACAGGUGCUGAUAUUACCGCAGAUAAAGUCACUAGUCCUGGAACCUGUCCGCGCAAACCAUUAGAUCAGCCAGGAAGGAACCUGAGAAGUCACAAGUCAGACAUCACAUGGACUGGUGAUUCCUGGACUUGUGGCAAGCUACUUCGACACUACAAAGCAUUCUGUCGCAAUGGAACUAUGAUAACUACUCAUUCUUUUGUUCUUGUCAUGUCGGAGGGGGAGAGCCGCUAUCUUGCUUAUUUAGAUGACAUGUAUGAAGAUAAGAAAGGGCAGAAAAAGGUUAAAGUUAGAUGGUUUCAUCAGAAUCAGGAAUUUGCCUGUGCAAUACCGCCACCAACUCCUCAUCCCAGAGAAGUCUUCAUAACCCCAUAUUUUCAGGUCAUCAGUGCUGAAUGUGUGGAUGACCUCGCCACUGUUUUAACUCCUGAUCACUUUGAGAAAUGUUUGGCUGCUCUUCCUUAUGAUUCUUCAUCCGGAAUACAUCUGUGCUUUCGGCAAUACUCCAAAAACAAAUUCAAGUCUUUUGAUCUAAGCUCUUUGAGUGGGUAUUAUGAUCAGGCAGUUCUAUUAUGCUUAAAUAUUUGUACGGUGUCUUGUGAGGAUGAGGAUGAGAUUGGUCAUAGGAACUCUAUGAAAAAUUGCAAGCCCAGGAAAAUAAGGAUUGUCAAAGGAAAUAAACAGUUUUUUACUGGUCCCUUGGGUGUGAGAGUAUCAAGCCGUGCAAGUCACAUAGCAUCAUGCAAGUCCCCCUAUCAGAAUAUGAGGUUUGGUUUACAUGCUAUGGGGUCUCUGUCAACUAGGUUUAGAAACCCCCUUCAUUGCCUUAAUCUGCCAUAUAAGGUUGACCAAAAGGUAGAGAUGCUUUGCCAAGACAGUGGCAUCAGAGGUUGUUGGUUUAGGUGUACAGUUUUACGGUUAUCUGAGAAGCGGCUGAAGGUUCAAUAUGAUGAUGUGAUGGAUGAAGAUGGAUGUGGGAAUUUGGAGGAAUGGGUUCCUGCAUUAAAAGCUGCAGCUCCUGAUAAACUAGGAAUGAGAUGCUCAGGCAGACUUACAAUUCGACCCUGUCAGCCAUGUAACUCUUUGCCUGAUGAUCGUCCUUUGCAAAUCGGAGCUCCUGUUGAUGCGUGGUGGAAUGAUGGCUGGUGGGAAGGAGUAAUAAUUGGAGUAGAAAGCCCGCUAGAUGAUAGUAUACAAGUUUAUUUCCCAGGUGAAGAUGUAUUCUUAACAUGCACAAGGAAAUGCCUCAGAAUAUCCAUGGACUGGAUGGUGGACCGGUGGGUUGAUAUAGAUGCCAAGCCUGAUGUCUUAUCUGCCAUAUCUUCAUUCAGCCCAGGGCCGAAGCUAUCACCAUGUUCUACCUUCUCCAAGGUUGCUGAGUCUGGUAGUUCAGUAAUGUCAGAUCGUGAUACCGCCCCCAUCAAAGCCAAUGCAACCGAUGAAGACAAGAAAAUAACAGCUAGCUUGGGAAACAUGGCUGAUGAGUUAAUAGGCAACAUGAACAUGGCAAAUCCUGGGAAGCGACUGAAGCUUACAGAUGAUGAUGGUGGGGGAGAGGGUGAUGUUCAUUGAGGGAUUGGUGAUUGAAGCUGUGUUAAUGCAUAUGCUCCAACUUCAUGUUACUGUACAUAUACUGGAGGAUAAAGAGGAGGCUGGGUAAAGGGAUCAUGGGUCAAUUGAUUUCCAAUCUCAGGUUGAUAUUGAUUAGCUGGAGAUGGCUGCUGUGUCUCUACUGUAUACAGUCAGUUGUGUUUUUACCCACUCUUAUAGAGAUGUGGCUCUCUUAGCGUAGCAAUGCAAUUAGCUACCACGUGGAUGAGAUCCAAAUCAGGAUCAUGGGAAGUAGAAUUGUUUAGUUUGUAAUAUUAUUAUGGUGGUGGUUGUUAUCUGCAACAGCUAUCAGUCAUUCUACUCUCUCAGUUGUAUUACUGUUUUCUUGUUUUCUUAUAGGGAGUCUUGUUGAAGUGCAUGUAGUGUUUGUUGUCUUCCAAGUUAAAUGCAAGGGCAGCACACAACUGAACAAGAAUGUUGUUCAUGUGUUUGUCA